CAACAUUUAGCAGUACAGUAACGUUAGAACAAGGUUCACUAGAACUCGAAGCGAACAGAUUUACUGCUUAGGUAAAAUACAUAUUUUUCAGAGUUAUGUCUUCCCUGGGGUGUCAAGUUAACAUUGCUGCAAAGGACAUUUUGCAGCCGGUCAACCAGUUCUGGUCCAUGUUGGACGACCUGUCUCAGAAUGACCCUCAAAGCUACCAGAUGUUCAUGAAGAAACAGAUGAAGCAGGGAGCUGAUUAUUUUUCACCACCUCAGCCAGACUGCUGCAUAUGCACCGAUCUACUGGAGCCAAAGAAAGGGUUGCUGUACAUCAAUGUGUGUGGCUGGAACUGCGUCCCUGCUCCUGUGAAUGAGAACAAGCCUGUCCCUGUUUUAGGAGGGCGACUGGAAACAGACACUAAUGAAGGAGGAGACAGUUACAGUGUAGUGGAUGUGGCUUUUAGCCCUGCGCUACUGCAGCAGGCACAGAGAGACAGGAUGGAGAAAGACCAGAUCCACUUGUUAGCCAUGCGCUUCAUCCAGCAGCAGCAUGGUGUGUGUCUGUCCCAUCGGUACACCGUCAGCAGCUGGAAGCUGAAGGGCAGCCUGGAGGACAUGCAUCGUCGUCUGGCAUCUCUGAAACAGCAAUACCCUACCACCAACACAGUCUCCCAGACCCCAGCUUCCCUCCUGCAGCAGAUCGCCUCGCUGCAUAAAGAAGACAGUGAUGACAGCACACCUGUGACUUUCUCUACACCUGACAAGCAUACCUCUGGGCCAGUGGAGCAAAGCAAGAAGAACCUGAUCCAGGUGAUCUCCAGCACUGUUACAUCCCAGCCCCAAAGACCGCAGCACCAGCUUAUUGUCAACUCUGAUGCCAGUGGCCACUCUCGGAGCCUAGAGCUGUCUGUGGAUUUACCAAAGGUUCAGUCCAUUGCAGAAUGCCAUCUCAGCAUUUCCCAGGAUGAUGUAUUACUAGAAGUGCUGGAUUUGUACCAUCUACACCUGGUGUUGCCUGAGGCUGUAAAUGAGGAAUCUGCCUCUGCUACGUUCAACAAGAAGAAACAGACAUUACGUUUGCAUGUGUCUAUACUCUAGUGUCAGUACUGACAAGAUAAAAAAAUACUCUGAGCUUAGUCGAAAAGGAACUUGAAGCGUCCAUUUUUCAAGGUUACAGUAACUUCAACUUAAUUGCUAUUUUUCCCUGAAUACUGAACGUGGGUUUUUUAGCUCUGUUAUGUUAAGUUACUGAAAACACACAGAAUAUUAAUUACAAGACAAAUGGGGAAAAUGUGGUUUUAUUGUCAUUCUGAAGAGAUAAUUCCAUCUGAUUUAAUUCACUUUUUUCUGAUUUUAUGUUGGGACC